AUGGUUAGCCAACCUGGCGACUACGCUGCGGUGCGUAAAGAUAUUGCCGCCCAGCUCGAGAAGCCGGAUUAUGACGAUGGUAGCGCAGGACCUGUAUUUGUUCGUUUGGCAUGGCAUUCGGCCGGCACGUAUGAUGCAGAGACAGACACGGGCGGUUCAAACGGAGCAGGUAUGCGAUACGAAGCGGAGGGAGGCGACCCGGCGAAUGCAGGACUUCAAAUUGCGCGCGCAUUUCUCGAACCGGUGAAAGAACGAAAUCCGUGGAUCACGUAUGCCGACCUCUGGACGUUAGCCGGUGUCGUCGCUUUGAAAGAGAUGGGCGGACCAGACGUGAAGUGGUUGCCUGGAAGAACGGAUUAUGUUGACGAUAGCAAGCUGCCUCCACGUGGUCGCUUACCAGAUGCAGCUCAGGGAUCUGAUCACUUGCGACACAUCUUUUAUCGUAUGGGGUUCAACGAUCAGGAAAUCGUCGCGUUGACGGGCGCACAUAACUUGGGACGCGGGCAUAUCGAUCGCAGUGGCUUCGAAGGUCCUUGGGUGAACAAUCCGACACGGUUCUCUAAUCAAUUCUUUAGGUUGCUCUUGAACCUCGAGUGGAAGCCCCGCAAUCUAUCGAACGGAGUGAAACAAUUCAGCUACAGCGACCCUGACGCAUCUGAGGACGAAAAGGAAGAGCCGCUGAUGAUGCUGCCUACUGAUAUGGCGUUGAUUUCCGACGCAGGGUUCCUUCCGUGGGUCAAGAAGUAUGCGGAAGACAGAAAUUUGUUCUUCCAACACUUCGCCGAUGUGUUUGCGAAAUUGUUGGAGCUUGGCAUCAAGCGCGACGAAAAGGGCAACGUGACUAAUACCGACAAUGUUCUCGGCGGUUACAUCUCUGCACCGAAGAAGAGCUCGGCACCUACAGGACCGCUCAAAUCAGAGGAACAAAGGUGGGAAGUUGUCGCCAAGGCACGGUUGUAG